CGCCAUCUUACCGUGACGUGUUAGUGUUUACUUUCGGUUAAAAUACACGCCGGAAGUUAUAGAAGUACACGUAGUCCUUAAAGAAACGUUAUCAAGUUUUGGAUAAUAUCUUUAAACGUCUUCAGUAUGGAUUCCCGCCGGCUUCUCUGCGGCGUACUGAUGCUGCUGGUAACUAUAAGUGUAACCAAGGGUCACGGAGAACAUCAUCAUCAGGCUGUGCCACCAGAACAACGCCCUACAAGCUUUAAUGAUCCUAAAAUAACACAAGAUGAAGAACAUUUACGAGAGCAUCUAAAGGACGAGAUCAAUCUCCAGAAUAAGGCAAAAAUGAGCCCGGAGGAAAUGGAGUUCCACUAUUUCAGAUUGCACGAUACGAACAACGACACGCACCUUGAUGGUAUAGAGAUUAUGCAGGCCAUGGCACACAUGUUACCAGUGCCGGAACUAGAACUCUCUGAAAAGCUCGGCAAAUCUAAGGAGCAACAGGAAGAAAUGAUGAAAGAAAGAUACCAGGGAAUGCAGAAAUACUACGAAGAUAUGAUAGACCGUGUUCUGUACGAUGAUGACGUGGACAAAGACGGGUACUUGACCUACUCAGAAUUCGCACGUGCACGACGCCGUGAGGAAUUUCACGCAAGGAAAAUGCAUGACCAACAUAUGAUGCAUCAACAGUCACAGUUUGAACAAUUUAAACAGUUCCAGGAAAUGCAGAAACAAAUGCAAAACAAUCCUAAUUUCCAGCCAACCAUUCCACCUCCACCCCCACCACGGGAUCAAAACCAACAGCAUGGACAACAAAUACAGUAUCAACAACAACAACAUGGUCAGCAACAACAGCAGUAUCAGCAACCCAGAUAGAUAGAUUUAUUCAAAUAUAGCUAUUAAAUUGAUUUUUUUAUUUAGGAACAUUGUGUAAAAUUAUUUAUUUAAUUUAGUGUACGUUAUAUAUUGUUAUGAAAAUACUAAAUAAAGUUUUAAGACGUAUAAGAUAUUUUAAAUGGAAAAUUCAACGAAUAGUUUCCAUAAAAAGUUAAUUUCAAAGAAGUAUUUGUAUACAAGCUUUUUUGAAAUACAUUAACAAUGAAUGCAUAAACUUUUUACAGUUUUAAAUUGUCUCAGUUGGUUUCAUGUUUUAAUAAGUGCUACUGUAUUUAAAAAACAAGUUUUAAAUAUUUUUGACAAAUUUCCUGCUCUGUCUAUUACCGACCUGGUCUCUCGUUCGAUCGUAACGAAAAAGGAAGGAGCAAGACGGUGUGAGAGCAACUUCAGUCCAGGCACAAUAAUCCCCGCAGUAAUUAAUUAUAUCGAACUCCAAUAACUCGCGACUAUCGAUUAACGAUAACCGUAAUUAUACACGGAUUCCUUGACUAAAAUGGUGUUAUUGAUUAAUACAAAACUGUAAUGGAAUAGACAGAUAGUCAAAGCGUUGCCUGCAGACAUACAUUUUUUUUUCUUCAAAUUUUAUUUAGUGCUGUAUUAUUUUAAAAAAUGUGCACGAACCAAAAGUAGAGGACUUAUAUUUUAUCAAAAAUGAAUUGUUUUGGAACCGCUGUUGAUAUAACAUAGCCGACGUUUACGAAACGUCACUUUACAUUGCUUGAAUAUAGGUUGUUUAUAUUGUUCAAGUUGCAAGGCUGCAGGGAUCAAGCUGCAUUUUCUGUGGUUUAAUGAAUGAACCUAUCAUCGUUUAUAAAGUCUUCUUUUUAUAAUGAUGUGCCAAUUAUUGGAACCGCCUCAGUGUUGCAGCGUAUGUGCUGUACUCGUGUCAUUUAGAUUAUAAUGCAGUAAUUCGGUCAAAAAUGUGCUUCCGUGAUGUAGUCGAAAGACGUUUCUAAUAAAUAGAUCCUAAUUUUUCCAUUUUUUUUGCGCAUUUGCGCGUAAAUCAGGGACCAAAUGGGCAUUAUUUCACUCGUGGAAUGAAUUUUACAUAAAAUAGGACACUAUUCAUGCUAAUACUCGCAUGUUUUCUAGUUGUUUACUUGAAAACGAAAGUAGGGGGUUUAUUCUGCGGACCACUUUCUGAAAUGCAGCAAUAUGAGGGUACCUGACUUCAGUUGGCUCGCAUUUCACUGCAUACUUUUCAACACCCCUUUUUCUUUUCGUUUUCUUAAAGCAAAUUUAUGGGUAUCUUGUGGAAAAUAGGUCUACAACGGAGUAAAAAUCUAGAAACUCUAGCAAAAUUGUUCUGACGUAGCUCAAUUUUAUAUGAAACAAAAAACUAUUUGUUUUAUUGGUAUAUAGCCUUUAUCAAACUCCUACGCAGUGAUCUCCCUUGCCGCCAUGCUCUCAGUGAGGGAGAUCACUGCGUAGGAGUUUGGUCAUUCAUAUCUGGUCAAUGGAGGUAGUCAUUAACUAAUAUAUUUAACAGUGACUGAGUCUGGUUGUUUGACAUCUGUUUCUUUUGAUUUCUGUUUGGUAAUAUAUUCCCAUUUGCUCUAAUGUUUUCAUUCAUGUCAUAUUAAAUUAUAAAUAUUUUGUAAUAAAUCAUGGAGUCAAAUCUACAACGUGUUUAAUGAA